UCAAGAAAAUGGCCAGCCGCGAGCCUCAUUACAAGUCUAAGAUCACACCCUAUGUGUUCGCAUGCUGGAUUCUGGCUGCCUUCGGCGGCCUCAUGUUCGGCUAUGACAUUGGAAUUUCGGGUGGAGUGACGGCCAUGGAUGAUUUCUUGGUGAAGUUUUUCCCUCAUGUUCACGAGAGAAAGCUACACGCGCAAGAGGAUAAUUACUGUCGAUACGACGAUGAGUUGCUCCAGCUUUUCACCUCUUCUUUGUACUUGGCAGCCCUCAUUGCGAGUUUCUUCGCCUCCAAGGCUUGCACCAAGUUGGGGCGCAAGCCCACCAUCACCAUGGCUUCCACCUUCUUCAUCGCGGGCGCCUUCAUCUGCGCAGCCGCGGAGAAGAAGUGGAUGAUCAUCGUGGGGAGGAUCCUUUUUGGGGUUGGCGUCGGGUUCGCAAAUGAAGCCGUUCCUCUGUUUCUAACAGAGAUCGCCCCCCAACAACAUAGGGGGGCGGUAAACAUCCUGUUUCAACUAUUUGUGACAAUAGGGAUCUUCAUCGCCAACCUGGUUAACUACGCCACGGUGAUGAUCCACCCGAGCGGGUGGCGUGUGUCGCUAGGCCUAGCAGCAGUGCCAGCCCUAGUCCUUUUCGGCGGUUCCCUAUUCAUAACAGAGACUCCGCCAAGUCUUGUGGAGAUGGGGAGGAAGGAAGAAGGGAGGGAAGCCCUGCGGAUAAUCCGCGGGGUUGACGACGUGGACGCGGAGUUUGACCAGAUAUUGGCGGCGGCAGAGCAGGCGAAGCAGGGGAAGCACCACUUCAGGAGAUUGUUCAAGCGUUCGAGCUUCCCACCAUUGUUCGUGGGCACCAUAAUACAAGUGUUCCAGCAGUUCACCGGUAUCAACGCUAUCAUGUUGUACGCCCCUGUUCUCUUCCGCACGCUCGGCUUUAACUCCAACGCCUCCUUGCUUUCCUCCGUCAUCACCGGCCUUGUAAACGUAGGAGCCACGUUCGUCUCCAUCUACGCCGUGGACAAGAUUGGCAGGCGGAAGCUGCUUUUGCAAGCGUCGUGCCAGAUGUUCGUGUCCCAGAUGGCGAUCGGGGUGAUUUUGUCGACACACCUCCAGGCGACGGGGACGAUGAGCAAAGGGAUGGCGGCGGUGGUGGUGAUACUGGUGUGCAUGUUUGUGAUGUCGUUCGCGUGGUCGUGGGGGCCGAUGGGGUGGCUGAUCCCGAGUGAGAUAUUCCCGAUAGAGACGAGGGCGGCGGGGUUUGCCUUUGCGGUGAGCACGAACAUGACAUUCACGUUCGUGAUCGCCCAGGCAUUCCUAUCGAUGUUGUGCCACAUGAGGGCUCACAUAUUCUUCUUCUUCUCGGCAUGGAUUAUGGCGAUGGGGCUGUUCGUGCUCUACCUGUUGCCGGAGACGAAAGGGAUUCCGAUCGAUCAGGUGGAGGAGAGGCUAUGGAAGAAGCAUCCUGUGUGGAGCAGCUUCUACAAAGAGGAAGGGAGUGAAUAUGGGAUGGCUUGAAUCCUCUCUCUUUAUUAGCAGUGCUUUGGCACAUGCUGUUUCUUCAUUUUCAUUUCUCUUUUCUAUUUUCUUUUGAAUCUUUGUAUGUGCCAUACAAGUAACCUUGUUUCUUCCAUUGUUUCACUUUUCAAUUGGGAUUUCAU